AUGCUGGCAGGAGGAACACCCAUUGAGAAGGAACCAGAGUAUUUGGACUCAGAUGAUGAUGAAGUAGACCUAGAUGAAGAUCCAGAAUGCCCAGAGAUUCCCCUAACGAGAGAAGACAAGAUCAGAAUGAGAAAACCUUGGCGCGAAUCCUUAAUAGUCAAGGUUUUAGGUAGAAAAGUGGGUUACACCUACCUAACCAGAAGACUCAAUGCAAUAUGGAAGCCAAAAUCGAGGAUGGAAGUGGUGGCACUGGAUGACAUCUACCAUGUGGUUCGAUUCUGGUCUGCUGAUGACUAUGAAUUUGCUAAGUACGGAGGGCCAUGGUCGGUAAUGGAACACUACUUAAUCGUCCAGGAUUGGAAGCCAAAUUUCGACCCUAAGUCGGCCAGGACGGAACGUGUUCUAGUUUGGGUGAGGUUUCCCGAUCUUCCGAUGGAGUACUACGACUACCCUUACCUUAUGAAACUGGGAAGGAAAAUCGGUGAAGCGAAAUAUGUUGAUGAAGCCACAAGUGUAGGAUCAAAGGGGCGUUUUGCGAGAAUGUUUGUGGAAGUCGACCUCACAAAACUGCUCCUCUCCAAGUUCACAGCCAAGAUGAAGGUUUGA